AUGACAAGAUAUGCUAAAUUCUUGAAAGAACUACUAACAAACAAGAGAAAACUGCAAGAAGUGUCUUCUGUAACACUUAGUGAGGAAUGUUCGUCUUUGAUCACCAACAAACUGCCCAAGAAAGAGAAAGAUCCCGAGGAUUUUAUUGUUCCUUACAGGAUCGGUGGUUUAGUUGAUGAGAAAGCCUUAGCUGAUCAAGGGGCAAGCAUGAACCUCAUGCCCUACAAAAUUUUCAAAAGGCUUGGGCUUGGAGAACCGAAACCCACCAUUAUGAAUAUGCAAUUAGUGAACAGGUCAUUAGUUGUAUUCCAGGUGGCUAUGAGAGGCCUUGAUCCAAUGAACUUCUUUGAAGGAAAAAGGUAUGCCAAGCUAGUGAUGUUAAAUAAGAUCUACUUAGGAGGGCAAUAUUGA